AGCCGCUUCUGCUUCACUUCGCGGAAUCCAGCGCCAUGGAUUGGAAUUGCACGAGCUGCGGUGACUUCCAGUUUGGCAGGAACACCCAGUGCCGCCGCUGCGGCGCUGCAAGGCCCGGACCUAGCGCGGGGAGCGCCCCACCCGCAGGCCGGCCAGGAGAUUGGAUCUGCCCCGGCUGCCAGGGCCUGGUUUUCGCCAGCAAGGACACCUGCCGAAAAUGCGGCACCAGUCGGCCAACAGGGACUUCCAGCUCCGCUGCUACAGGGAUUCCCAGCUCCGCUGCUACUGGGGCUUCUAGCUCCGCUGCUGUAGGAGAUUGGACCUGCCCUGGCUGCAAGGGCCUGGUCUUUGCCAGCAAGGCCAAUUGCUGGAAGUGCGGCACGGCCAAGCCAACACACCCGUGUGCUUCAGCAGUCCCGCCUGCUUCAGGCGAUUGGACCUGUGCCUGUGGCGAUUUGGUCUUCGGCAGCCGAGGCUCCUGCCGCAGAUGCGGCGUGGCCAAGCCUUCGGCGCUGGCGUCGGCGGCUGCGGCGCCUUCGGGGGGCCGGCCCGGAGAUUGGACGUGCACCUGCGGGGAGUUGGUGUUCGCCAGAAACAGCCACUGCCAUCGCUGCGGCGCUUCCAAGCGCGUGGAGCUCUCGAAGACGGUGGACUUCCCGGACGACUGGAAGUGCCCGAAAUGCCAGGACCACCAGUUUGCGCGCAACGAGAUUUGCCGCCGCUGCGGGGAGCCGCGCCCCACCUGGCUGGGUGCCGCCAUGGGUCUGGCGCCCCCCAGCUACUGGGAGACCAUGGACGCGGACGGGCCGCCCUGGCGAGUGGUGGCCGCAAGCCCCGAGGAGUCGGAGGUGCUGAAGCUGGCCAUGGUCUCAGGAGCCUCGCUUGGCGGGCGUGACCAACGAUCUCCGCUCACAUACAAAGGCUUCGCGUUGCAUGCAGCGUGGCGUGUGCAGCAUGCAGGACUCUGGGGCAAGUAUGCCAUGGAGCGCGAGAACUUGCGGAAGAUCGAUCUGAAGUCCUUGCCCAGCGUUGAAAGGGUGAAGCUGCGCCAAGAGUUCGUAGAUGUGGCCUCAAGGCUCCCUGCGGCGUUGGACAGCCAGCUGAACGAGGUGUUCCUGUCGCAUGGCACCCGGCCCGAGAGCAUUCUGGCGAUCCUGAGCGGUGGCCUCAACGAGCGGUUCAGCGGGGGCCUCUUCGGCAAUGGCACCUACCUGGCUGAGGACAUCGGGAAGAACGACCAGUACUGCACACCGGACAAGAGCUUGGGCGAGCACAAGGAGCUUCAUAAGCUGCUCUUCGACGACACUGGCAUCCAGCAUCCAGGCAAUCUGUGCUACAUCCUGGUGUGCCGGGCCUUGCUGGGAUGCUACAUUCGAACGAAGGAUGGUGACAGAGACCUGGAUGCGUCCCGGUCAAUCUGGUCCUCGGCCCAGCGAGAGCUGGCCCUGAUCCCGGACUCCAAUCCGCCAGUACUUCACCAUAGCCUCAUCGCUGAAACCGGAGGUCGCAUUGCACGUUUUCGCGAGUUCAUCAUUUACCACGGCGCUCGCAUCUACCCUGAGUACCUGGUGGCCUACCGGCGCGUAUAAGGUGAGAUGUGCAGAAGCAGAGGCUCAGCAGCCAGAGAUCUGUAAGGGUGUAUGACUCCAGGGUGGUCCUUAUAGC